AAGGAGAAAUAGAAAGAAAAGAAGAAGGGACAGGAGAAGGAGCCUGUGGUCGCCCUCCUUCUUUCCUUCCUUUCCCCCUUCCUUCCUUUCGUUCUUUCUUUCCUUCCCUUCCUCCUUUCCCUCCCUCCUUCCCUUCCCUUCCUUCAUGAGUCUCAAGUUUGGGCUGGCAGGCGAGGAGGGAAGAAGCCCAAGCGCCAGCGGGGAGGAGGCUGAGGAGGAUGGUGGAGCAGUGGGGCGCCGGGCGCCGCAGCCGCCCUCCUGGGCUGGGGCUGGGGCUGGGGGGGCUCUUGCUGCUGUUGCUGCUGCAGCUGCUGCUGUGUCCCGAGGCUGAAGGCCAGCCCCAGCAGCCCCCCGCCCAGCAGCCCCCCCUGCAGCCCCAGGCCAACGGCGGGGAGAGGGGCAUCUCGGUGCCGGACCAUGGCUACUGCCAGCCCAUCACCAUCCCGCUCUGCACAGACAUCGCCUACAACCAGACCAUCAUGCCCAACCUGCUGGGCCACACCAACCAGGAGGACGCCGGGCUGGAGGUGCACCAGUUCUACCCCUUGGUGAAGGUGCAGUGCUCGGCCGAGCUCAAGUUCUUCCUCUGCUCCAUGUAUGCCCCGGUCUGCACCGUCCUGGAGCAGGCGCUGCCCCCCUGCCGCUCGCUCUGCGAAAGGGCCCGCCUGGGCUGCGAGGCCCUCAUGAACAAGUUCGGUUUCCAGUGGCCGGACACCCUCCGCUGCGAGAAGUUCCCCGUCCACGGGGCGGGAGAGCUCUGCGUGGGGCAGAACACCUCCGACCAGAGGGGCACCCCGACCCCUUCCCUCCGGCCGGAGCUCUGGACCAGCCACCCUCACCUGCGAGCCGGAGCCGGGAGCCACUUGGCGGAGAGGAGCGGCCGCUUCACCUGCCCCCGGGGCCUCCAAGUGCCCUCCUACCUCAACUACCACUUUCUGGGGGAGAAGGACUGCGGGGCCCCCUGCGAACCUGGACGCCCUUAUGGCUUGAUGUACUUUGGCCCCGAGGAGCUCCGCUUUGCCCGCACCUGGGUGGGCAUCUGGUCGGUCCUCUGCUGCGCCUCCACCCUCUUCACCGUCCUCACCUACCUGGUGGACAUGAAGCGCUUCAGCUACCCGGAGCGGCCCAUCAUCUUCCUCUCCGGCUGCUAUACCGCCGUGGCUGUGGCCUACGUCGCCGGCUUCCUCCUGGAGGAAAAGGCCGUCUGCAACGAGCGCUUCGUCGACGAUGGCAUUGGCGGCGGCCUGCGGACAGUGGCCCAAGGCACCAAGCGGGAAGGCUGCACCAUCCUCUUCAUGAUGCUCUACUUCUUCGGCAUGGCCAGCUCCAUCUGGUGGGUUGUUCUCUCCCUCACAUGGUUCCUGGCGGCCGGCAUGAAGUGGGGCCACGAGGCCAUCGAGGCCAACUCGCAGUACUUCCACCUGGCCGCCUGGGCCGUGCCAGCCAUCAAGACUAUCACCAUCUUGGCCUUGGGGCAGGUGGAUGGCGAUGUGCUCAGCGGCGUCUGCUUCGUGGGCAUCAACAAUGUGGACGCCUUGCGGGGCUUUGUCUUGGCGCCGCUCUUUGUCUACUUGUUCAUCGGCACGUCGUUCCUCCUGGCUGGAUUUGUCUCCCUCUUCCGGAUCAGGACCAUCAUGAAGCACGACGGGACCAAGACGGAAAAGCUGGAGAAGCUGAUGGUGAGGAUAGGCAUCUUCAGCGUCCUCUACACGGUGCCUGCCACCAUCGUCAUUGCCUGCUAUUUUUAUGAGCAAGCCUUUCGGGAACAGUGGGAGCGGAGUUGGUUCGCUCAGAGCUGCAAGAGCUACGCCAUCCCUUGCCCCAGUAGCCACCACCAUCCGCCCAUGAGCCCUGACUUUACGGUCUUCAUGAUCAAGUAUCUCAUGACCUUGAUUGUAGGCAUUACCUCAGGCUUCUGGAUCUGGUCUGGGAAAACGCUCAAUUCUUGGAGGAAGUUCUAUACCAGACUCACCAACAGCAAGCAAGGGGAGACCACAGUGUGAGGCCUACACAACCAGCUGGGGAUAGGGAUAGGUGAAAGACCUUGUUGGCUGCCCACCAUCUCGCACCCCAGAAGUGAGAAAAUGCACACUUGCCCAUCACUUUCCUGAGACCUCUCGGUCUGGGGACUUAUCUCUCCAGCCUCUGGAAACCUGAUAACAGAAAAGGCUGGCAACGAGACAGACCUUUUGUUUGCUCCCCAUCUUCUACUGGACUGAAUUCACUGUAAAGUUGGGAAUGUGACUUUGAGGUUGUUGUAAAUAGCCUCUGUAAGAUUUUGUAAGUAUGUUUGUAUUUAAAUUCAAAAAUUCUCACUUUUGUAUAAUUAUUUAGAACUUUUUUUAACCCCCUUGGCAGAUUUUUUUUCUCCCAUUUUAUUUUGAAGAAAAGAAGGAAAACCGAGCUGUCUUUUCAUGGUGAGUGCAAAAGUGGGAAAAUAGGAAUAAAAAUAGCUGUUCUAUUCUACUACACACACGCUUCCCUCGUCCCACAUGGUAGGAUGGUGGUUGCCUGUCGAUCUAGGAGUAACUGGUUACAAUUCUGAGAUCAUUUGUAAGAUGUCCUUCAAACUAAUGGAAAAGUUGUCAGGGUGGCUGCUUGAGCAGAGAGGCAUGGCCAAUUUCUUUGGCUCUGCGUAUCAACAACAACAGACAGGGAGUGGAGGAGUCUAACCCUCCCGAUCCUUGCUCAGUAUGACCUGAAGGAGUAAAGGAGCAAGCAGUUUUACCUGUUCCAGAUCCAGUGUGGGAGGAGUUUGGGGAGAGGAGUUGUUGGGUUACCCAACUGCAUCUCUCACCUAACCUGAGAAAACUUCCUUUCUCAACCACCAAACUUUUAUGAGGGAAUCUCCUGAGCCCUGCCUAAAGGUGUGACCUAUUUUUAAGAAGCAAGAAAUCGAGAGCAGAGUUUUCUCAGCAGCUUUUCCUGCACAUAUAUAUGCUUAUAGUUUUGAAGAAGUGUAACUCCCCCCCUCCCCAUAACUUUCUGUAAUACAGUAUAUAGAACUUGCAGUUUGCUUUCUAAACCAGGAAGGGGCAACUUCUUUCUAUUUGAAAAAUAAGGUCAUUAUUGCCCUGUAGGGAUAAGAGGAUUUUGCAUUUUGACUGUGUUUUGGUAGUUCAUUUCUUAACAGUUUGCUUCCCUCCCCCCCCCCCUUUUUUUUUUUUUGGUAGGGUUUGCAAUGCUUUGUUUUGAUUUGUGUUUAAUGUGUUUGCUGAGAGAGGAGAACCAAGAACGUAUUGCUGAGCUGUUUUUGUAAACAAAGCCUGUCCAUGAAUAAGAGUGAAAAACACAAACCUAGUUAGAGAGUCCAGAAACUCAGAUCAUUUUGAUUUUCAGAAAUAUUGAUAACAUUUGAUAUUUCGUCUCUUUAUAACUGAUGAGUUUGAAUUUCUUCUUGUUAAGAGGUGAUUGAAAGGCAUGGUGAUUUAUGCCACCAGGGAAAAUAAAUUUCAGCUGAAUGAUGAGAUGUCAAACCCCCAAGAAUCUAUAAGCCUGAUGUUUCAAUAUAGUAAUUUAUAUGUAAAGCUAAGAGAGCCUGUGUAUGAUUGGUCUGCACUCUCUCUAAACUGUUAUGGCUCGUAUUUCCUUAACCGGUUUAUACAAAAUGCAUCAAAUUUAACUGGCAAAACACAUUUUAAUAUUUAAUCCUUUGUAUGGCAAAACUGAUUUGCUGCUCUUCUGAUUGUACUGUUUCAAACUUUUUAUAUAAGCACCUGUCCUAAAUAUUAUCUAUGACUUACCAUACCCUAAAAUGCAUAGCUAUAUGAAUUUGGUAUGCAUUUAUUUCUGUUCACUAUUGCAAGAUCAUUUAUAUUUAUAGAGGAAUAGAAGUUUAUAUAUAAAUAUAUAUAAAAUACAUAUUUUUAAUUUCUUUGAAAUAAAUUGAGGUUUU